AUGGAUGAUUUUAAUGUUAGUGAUGAAGAUCAAGAUAUUGAAGACUUUGAAUCAGAAGAUGAACUACCUUACAGAGGUGCUUUGAGUAAAAGCGAAGCUUCAAACUCUAAAAGUUUACCUACAAGAAAAGAUAGAUUAUUGUUCAAGCGAUUAUUGAAGAAAUCAGAACCAGAAAGAAUAAGAAAUAAUAGUUUAAUUAUAAACCAAGAUUUUAUCAAAGACGAUCAGCAAUCUAAUUUACUCAAUAACAAUUACUCACAAGGUUCCAAAAUAAAGUAUAUUCAUUUCAGAGAUAAUGAGAUAAAGACUUGGUACACUGCACCGUAUCCAGAAGAGUAUAGUCGGAAUAAUGUGUUGUACAUUUGUGAACAUUGUUUGAAAUAUAUGAGCUCAAAAUACAUUUUGCAUAGGCACAAGUUGAAAUGUGAUGUUUUCCAUCCCCCAGGAAAUGAGAUAUAUAGAUCUGGUGAAAAUUCAAUAUUCGAAAUAGAUGGUCGGAAGAAUGUUAUUUAUUGUCAAAAUUUAUGUUUAUUGGCCAAAUUGUUCUUGAAUUCUAAAACAUUAUAUUAUGAUGUUGAACCAUUCAUGUUUUAUGUUUUAACUGAGCUUGAUCCAAUCACAAACCAUCAUCAUUUUGUCGGUUAUUUCUCCAAAGAAAAAUUGAAUUCAACUAAUUAUAAUUUGAGUUGUAUUUUAACAUUGCCAAUCUAUCAAAGAAAAGGUUAUGGAAGUUUACUAAUGGACUUUUCUUAUUUGUUAUCCAAAAGAGAAUUCAAAUCUGGUACUCCAGAAAAACCAUUGUCCGACUUAGGUUUAUUAAGUUACAGAAAUUUCUGGAAAGUUAAAAUCGCAUAUGUUUUGAAAAGCUUGUAUGGUGAAUUAGCUGAAGGCUCGGAUUUCAAAAUAUCAAUAUCACAAUUGUCAAGUUUAACAGGUAUGAUUACUUCUGAUGUUAUUGUUGGAUUAGAACAAGUACAUGGUUUGCUUAGAGAUCCAGUCACUGGAAAAUAUGGUGUUUGUAUAAACUUGGACACUAUUAACAAAGUUAUUGAUAAAUGGGAAGCCAAAGAAUAUGUCAAGUUGAAUUCGGAGGCUUUAUUGUGGAAACCAUUGAUUUUUGGACCUUCAUGUGGUAUAAAUCAGGUUGGAUCAUCUGUUGAGACUGUUACAAGGCAGAAGGAAUUUGAAAAUGAUGAAGAUGUUAAGAUACCAGAUCCAUUGAAGGACAACAUAGCAAUUUUAGCCAAUUUUUUAAAAGACGAUUUAGCUGACCCAAGAGACAUUGAACUACAAACUUUAGAAGAAGUGAAAGAGUCUACCAAAGCCAUUGAUGUUGAUUUGGAAGAUUCCAAAGAAGAGGUUAUUCCAAAAGAUCGUUAUGAACCAUGUCAUCCAGGUAUGAGUUUCAAGAAA